AUGGACACUAUGCAGCGUACCAAGCGUCGCGCGCAGAAAGGACUGCAAGUCAUGGCCCUCUGCACGCUGGGCGUGUGGCUUCUGGGAUUCUCCCGACUUACAGACUGGCCGGGACUUGUCCGGCCCUUUUCUGAUGGCCUUGGAGCUAACGGCUUCCGAAAAUUUACUCACUUUGGCCUGGGGUCUGACCAGGAUGAGCGACAUCUGUCGCCAGAGAAGGUUUGGGCAUACCAGCUCCGAUCGGCUCUUGGCCACGCUUUGACACAUGCCUUCGGCUAUCAGUUCCAGGCGCUGCUCCUGGCCCUGGCUGCAGCAUUGGUGCUUUUGCGCGGCUGCUUCCUGUUGGUCGAGAGUGCAAAGCCUUGCCAGGUGAUCUCCUGGUUCGUCCUCGGAGCUGCCAUAAGCCUUUGUGCCUUGGCUACACGUGUGUCCAUGAUGCAUGCCAUCAGGCGCAUCAGAGUGCAGAAGUCACUUCAAUUUGCCUUGGCCGUCGCCUGCCAGGGUGGCACCUUCUUUGCACUUUUUCCUGAAGCUGCAGCUUACGUCCUCGGAGCGCUCGCAAGUAUGGGAGCCCAGCACAUCGUGCGGCUGGCUACUUUGGAUGUGCCCAAUGAGGCAGAUUCUCUAAGUGGCUCGAGCCACAUCGACGCGUGUUGGUGGCAAUUAUCUGCAGGUCUGCUGGGAGGCUGUCUGUGCCUUCGCUUCCGGAAGCCGGCCCUGCAGGUCCUGGCAUCCGUGUCAGGCAGUGCUGGACUGGCUUUCAUGGCUCACUGGUGGCUAUGCUUCGCAUGGAGGAUGCUACAGGGCGAGGCCAAGUACGAGACUCCCAUUGAACAUGUGGGCCGCAUGCUCUCCAGGUGCGAGCUAGAGACUUACAAGAACACAUCUCGAUUCAUUUUCGUUGUCCUUUGGAUUUUAUUCUUAGUGGCCGGUGUGCGACUCCGGCGUGAGCUCGUGCUGAGCAAAGACGAGCAGCUUUCCCAAUGGUUCCAGAACGAGAUUCGCAAGAUCCCUGCAGACAGCAACUUCGUUCCACAAUGGCCGGGUCACACAGGCACGCCUUCUUUGGACCUGGUUGAGAAGUUCCAGAAGGUGAAUGAGCCGGCAGCGCCGUCGUUGGAUUCCUUGGAGGAGGGCCCGCUGUCCGCACGCUCAAUCAGUGCGCCCCUGCAGGGGGCCGUGGCACCUCCUCAGGAGGAGCACGACAUCUAUGUGCCGGAGGGCAUGGAGGCCUCUUUGCUUCAUCGUGCAAGGACGACACUUCCUGUUCUGCAGCCGGUACACGAAUCCAAGCCUCUGCCACAGUACAACGCAGAGAAGAAGGCUAGGUCCUCGUCCUCAUCAGGCUCUCCCAGCCAACGAACGACACCUUCAGCCUCCUCCAAUUCAGAACGGUCUCGCCGCUUCUCUUUGGGUGGUCGAGGAGACCGAAAUGGUCGUUCCAUCAGUGCAUCCUCUUUAUCAUCUUUGGAGGCGGCCGCAAUCCUGGGCUUGCCACCCAGGUCUGCAUUUCGCAAAUCUCCAGUUUAG